UAGUUGAGUGGAAUUCUAAGAGACCAGUCGUUAACACAGGAGAUACGAACAUACGCAUGUCAAUCCAGAAUCUCAACGUAUUCGACCCGUUUGCUGAUGCAAUCAAGGGUGCAGACGAUGACGUUCAAGACGGGCUUGUUCACAUAAGAAUUCAACAGCGUAAUGGUCGUAAAACAUUAACAACGGUUCAAGGUCUGUCGUCGGAAUAUGACUUAAAGAAGAUUGUACGUGCCUGCAAAAAGGAGUUUGCUUGUAACGGUACAGUAGUUGAACAUCCCGAGUACGGCGAGGUGCUACAAUUACAAGGGGACCAACGAGAAAACAUUUGCCAAUGGUUAACUAAAUGUGGUCUUGCCAAGUCUGAUCAACUCAAAGUCCAUGGUUUCUAAAACAAUUUAAACAUGCUACAAAAUACUUUGAAUUGUUAAUGCAGGAACAUCUCAGUCAAACAAAUAUUAAUUAAUUCAAAAUUCAUAAUUCUCAAUUUCAUAACAUGUUUUAAUAAAUGUAAUAUUAAAUCCUAGUGAUUUUUCAAAUCUUUUAAUUUUCAACUAUGCAGAUUUGAAUUAGCAUUAGUGUUAUGUAUAUCAAUGCUACUGACAUAUUUAGAGAACAAUUUUUUUAUUAUAUCCAUAGUUAAAUGAUAAAUAUUAAUUCUGUAUUAUACUUGAAUUUCACAUAUUUAAUGUAAUGCGGGUGAUAUAAACAUCAUUAUAUAUACCAAUGGUAAUUUAAAAUAUUAAUUCUUUUAUAAAUGUAUACAUAUUUUCUUGCAUUUAUAAACUGUGAUUGUUUAACACAUCUUAAAUAAAAUUUAUUAAAAAUAUAAUGAUAUAUGUACUCAUUGCAAACAAAUGCAGUAAGUCCUAGUUUAACAAUCAUUAAUAGGACUAGGAARUUGAUGACCUUAAAAACAUAGAAAAAUGUCCUUAAAAAUUACAAAUAUUAGUUUUAAAUUAAUAAAAAUAUUAUUUUUUUUAAUAUUUUACUCUAUUUUACUAUCCAAGUUUUAAGUUAUCGGCAUAAUGGAAGACAAGAAACAAUAAGCGCUGAACUAGUGUGAAAUCAAUAGAAAUGAAUUAAAAUGUAGAAAAAUUACUUAAAAAUAAACACCAUAAAACGUUAAAUAAAAAUUAGUUGUUCAGAUUCACAUGCUAAUGAAAUAGAUUUGUGGCCAGAAGAGCAUUGUCUAAAAAGUUCCAAAAAAAAAUGCAAUAUGCAUUAACUUCUGAGCCUUAAUCAUAAAUAAAUAUAACACUGUUAAGUUGAACUUUCAUCAGUUUUGCUUUCAUUACUUAAUAUUUUAGUCCUCAUUUUUUCCCAGAAACAACUUUUUAUCMAAUAAGGAUUAACUGAAUAUUAUUCACUAAAAUUGUCCUAUAUAUAU